AUGUCCGACGUUGAAAAGGGUGGCGAUGCCACCAACGACGAGUACCAGGCGCUCAUCAACUUCAUCCGCGAGCAGAAGAGCCACAGCGGUGAUGAUGACGGCGACGACACCCAGGUCGUCACCAAGCGUUCUUUCCCUGCUUUCUGGAAGAAGAGGGAGGUCCGCGUCAACAAGCAUGGCGAGGAGCAGGAGGAGGUUGCUGCCAAGACGCCUGCCUCUUGGCUUGAGACGGACAUGACCCGAGGUAUCUCGGAGAGCGAUGUCCACAAGCGUCGCAGCAUGUUCGGUUUCAACGAGCUUGAGUCUCCUUCGGAGAACCUCUUCCUCAAAUUCCUCGGUUUCUUCAAGGGUCCCAUUCUCUACGUUAUGGAGCUGGCUGUUGCCCUUGCUGGUGGUCUUCGUGAAUGGAUUGACUUUGGUGUCAUUAUCGCCAUCUUGCUCCUCAACGCUUUCGUCGGUUGGUACCAGGAGAAGCAGGCUGGCGACAUUGUCGCUCAGCUCAAGGCCGGAAUUGCGCUCAGGACCACCGUCGUCCGUGACGGCCAGGAACACGAAAUUGAGGCCCGUGAGCUUGUCCCCGGUGACAUUGUCAUUGUCGAGGACGGCAAGACGGUUCCCUGCGACGGUCGCCUGCUUGCCGACUACGACGACAAGGACAUGAGCCAGGCCAACUCGAUCAAGGAGAAGAUGGAGGCUUCCAAGAGGCACGGUGGCGGCGAGGAUGACGACGAGGGCAUCGACAAGGGCCCUGCGAUCAUUGCCUGCGACCAGUCUGCCAUCACCGGAGAGUCGCUCGCCGUCGACAAGCACAUUGGUGACUCGGUCUUCUACACGACUGGCUGCAAGCGUGGCAAGGCCUACAUCCUCUGCACGGACAUUGCCAAGCAGACCUUCGUCGGCCGCACCGCUGCCCUCGUCCUCGGUGGCGAGACCAAGGGUCACUUCCAGAUUGUCAUGGACUCGAUCGGAACAACGCUCCUCAUCCUCGUCGUCGUCUUCAUCCUCGCCUUCUGGAUCUCUGGCUUCUUCCGCAACACUGGCAUUGCUCAGCCCAAGGACAACAACUUGCUUAUCUACACCCUCAUCUUCCUCGUCAUUGGUGUUCCCGUCGGUCUUCCCUGCGUUACCACGACGACCAUGGCCGUCGGUGCCGCCUACCUCGCCAAGCGCCAGGCCAUCGUUCAGAAGCUCACCGCCAUUGAGUCGCUCGCCGGUGUUGAUGUUCUCUGCUCGGACAAGACUGGUACACUUACUGCCAACAAGCUCUCGAUCCACGAGCCUUUCGUUUCCGAGGGUGUUGACGUCAACUACAUGAUGGCCGUCGCUGCUCUUGCUUCGUCGCACAACAUCAAGUCGCUCGACCCCAUUGACAAGGUCACCAUCAGCACGCUCAAGGACUACCCCGCUGCUCAGGAGGAGCUCGGCCGUGGCUGGAAGACGCACAAGUUCACGCCCUUCGACCCUGUCUCGAAGCGCAUCACUGCCGAGGUUGAGAAGGACGGAAAGAGGUACACGGCCGCCAAGGGUGCCCCCAACGCCAUCCUCAAGCUCUGCGCCCCUGACAAGGAAACUGCUGACCAGUACCGCAAGGUCGCUGGUGACUUUGCCGCCCGUGGUUUCCGUUCGCUCGGUGUUGCGAUCAACGAUGGCCAGUGGAAGCUCCUCGGUCUCCUUCCCAUGUUCGACCCUCCUCGCUCCGACACGGCUGCCACCAUUGCUGAGGCCCAGACUCUCGGUGUCUCCGUCAAGAUGCUUACUGGUGACGCCGUUGCUAUUGCUAAGGAGACGUGCAAGAUGCUUGCUCUCGGUACCAAGGUCUACGACUCGCAGCGCCUCAUUGGCUCUGGCGGCAUGACUGGCUCGGCCAUCCACGACUUCGUCGAGGCUGCCGACGGUUUCGCAGAGGUCUUCCCCGAACACAAGUACCAGGUCGUCGAGAUGCUCCAGCACCGUGGUCACCUUACCGCCAUGACUGGUGACGGUGUCAACGACGCUCCCUCGCUCAAGAAGGCCGACUGUGGUAUCGCUGUCGAAGGUGCCUCGGAUGCUGCUCGCUCGGCUGCCGACGUCGUCUUCCUCGACGAGGGUCUCUCGACGAUCAUCACCUCCAUCAAGGUCGCCCGUCAGAUUUUCCACCGCAUGAAGGCUUACAUCCAGUACCGUAUCUCGCUCUGUCUCCACCUCGAAGUCUACCUUGUCCUCUCGAUCAUCAUCCUCGACGAGGUGAUCCGCGCUGACCUCAUCGUCUUCAUCGCCCUGUUCGCCGACGUUGCCACGAUCGCCAUUGCCUACGACAACGCUCCUCACGCUCGCGCCCCCGUCGAGUGGCAGUUGCCCAAGAUCUGGUUCAUUUCGGUCAUCCUCGGUCUCCUUCUUGCCGGUGGUACCUGGAUCCUCCGCGGAACCCUGUUCCUGCACAGCGGUGGUGUCAUCCAGAACUUCGGCAACACGCAGGAGAUUCUCUUCCUCGAGGUUUCGCUCACCGAGAACUGGCUCAUCUUCGUCACCCGUCUCGGCGGUGGCGAGUCGGACAUCACGCUCCCCAGCUGGCAGCUUGUUGGCGCCGUCCUGGGUGUCGACGCCAUCUCGACCAUCUUCUGUCUCUUCGGCUGGCUCUCGGGCGCUCCCAACCGGAACCCGCUCACCGCUCCCCACGGUGGAUGGACGGACAUUGUCACGGUCGUUCGUGUCUGGGCCUACUCGAUCGGUGUCACGAUCGUCAUUGCCCUCGUCUACUACAUCCUCAGCCGUAUCCCCGCCCUGGACCGUCUCGGCCGCCGACAGGUUGGCCAGAAGAACGAGCUGCUCGAGGACUUCUUCACGAACCUCCAGCGACUCACGAUCGUCCACGAGAAGGACGCAGACGGAGGCGACCUCUACGCCUUCCAGACGCGCCUCGACAUCGACGAGGACUAGACAGCUCGCUCGCUUGUCUGAUCAACAAGGCGCUGUCCCCUUCUUCUCUUCUUUCCACACAGCGAUGUUUUCGUCUCGACAAUGUUUUGUUUGGCACUUGAGUGCGCCUCUUCGACUUCUCGCUUCGCACUCGCGCCAUCACUCUCCUCAAUACAACAACUACGACAACCACUGCUACUCAACAAAUCAACAAAUUCCCCGGCGGGUCGACUGCACGUUGCAACCAUAGAGUGACGGCGACCAUCCCGCCAUCCUUUCCCCCUUCUUCGACAACCACAUUCUUUUUAACUUUACUUCUUCCUAUACUUUAUUUCGUCUAAACUUCUUCU